CUCUGGAGUGAAAAAUGUGAACGGCUGGGAGUAUGAACAGAAAUGAAACUUAAGCUCUAGGAGGAAGUCCAAAAGGAAGGACACACUCACACACACUGGGAGUAAAGGGAAACGGAGACAGACGCCUGUGAGAUCUCAUUAGCUGACAGAUAUGGUCCCUACUUCAGCAUCACCCAGUGAGCCUGGCUUGCUGGUGAAGCACCUCCACUGCUCCAUCUGCAUGGACAAAUUUACGGAUCCUGUCACUACAGCUUGUGGUCACUCUUUCUGCAAGCGGUGUCUUGACCGAAGCAUUCAUCUCAAUGACAGUGUGUGCCCACUAUGCAAGAAUUAUAUAAGCAGGAUUCCUGAUGUUAAUAUAGUCCUGAGAGACAUUGUUGAACAACUGAAAGAGAAAUACACUGGAGCUCCUGGGGAGGUGGCCUGUGAUGUUUGCAGUGACAAAAAGCUGAAGGCCAAGAAGUCCUGCCUUGUGUGUCUUGCAUCGUAUUGUUCAGUUCACCUCCACAAUCAUUUGUCAACAAAAAGGUUGAAGGGCCACAAGUUGGUGGAGCCGGUGGAGAAUCUGGAUGCGAGGGCCUGCUUGAAGCAUGGACGCCCCUUGGAGCUGUACAGCAGGGAGCGGCAGGCAUGCAUUUGUGUUCUCUGCAUGGAAGGUCAGGAGGAGGUGGUCUCAACUGAAGAUGAAUGGAAGAAGAAAAGGUCUGAACUUGACAACACCAAGACAGAGUUAAAUGAGAACAUUGACAAGAGAAAAACAAAGACUGCUGAGAUUGACGAAGCUUUCAAGAGCUGCAAGGACCAGCUGGAAAAUGAGUGGUGGGAUAUUGAGGCUGUGUUCACCGCUGUGAUCGCCAUUGUGGAAGAAGCCCAGGCCAAAGCCCUUAAGCCAAUAAAAGAUAGGAGGCAGGUGUUGGAAAAAGAAGCAAAAGAUCUUAAAUAUGAGUUGGAAGCAGAGAUCAACAAACUUGGAACGGCCAUCUCUGAACUAGAUGACAUUUCUGUGCUGGAGGACCACAUCCUUUUCCUGCAGAAUUACCCAUCUAUUACAGACACGGGAGACAUCAUAGACUGGGAAGACGUAAACCUGGACACAUCUGUGUCCUUUGGCACCAUCAGGAAAAUCACAACAGUAAUGCUGGAAAAAGUUCAGCAAGAAAUGGAUAAACUAACUUCCAUUGAACUGAAGAGAAUCCCAAAGUUUUCAGUGGAUGUAAAACUGGAUCCAGAUUCUGCACACCAACGCCUUGUGCUGUCUGAAGAUAGGAAGGAAGUGAAAGAUGGAGGAGAGAACCAGAAACUACCUGAUGUCCCUGAAAGAUUUGAUAUAUUUAGCAGCGUUGUGGGGCAAAGUACCCUAUCCUCUGGGAAGUCUUACUGGGAGGUGGAGGUCAAUAACAAGACCGGGUGGGAUAUAGGCCUAGUAAGAGGCGGUGCAAACCGCAAAGGGAAGCUCAAACUCAGCCCAGAUAAUGGGUACUGGGUUAUUGUACAUUAUGAAGAAGAUAAGUAUGCAGCCCUCACAGCACCGCCAGUUCGUAUUCCCCUAAAAGAGAAACCUGAGAAGGUGGGAGUGUUUGUGGACUACGAGGAAGAUCUCGUCUCCUUCUAUGAUGUGAAGGCUGAGUCCCACAUCUACUCGUUCACUGAGUGUUCAUUCAAAGCUGAGCUUUACCCAUAUUUCAGCCCACACGUGAAACAAGAAGAGACAAACUCUGAGCCUUUGAUUAUUUGUAGAGAGAUACCAAUGGAGUCUUAAGAAAUGCAUUUUCACUACACUAUACUAAAGUUUGUUGGUCCACAACCUUCCUGUUUUUCUUUUUCUGAUAGAGGAUGAAUGGGAAUUUCCAUUUUCAGGCAUUUCAUGACAGUAAACCAACGCAGUGACUGUUUAUCUGUUCUCUGUUAUUUGCUUUAUUGUUCAAAGCUCUCUAAAGCAGUGCCAAAGAGACUUUGUAACCCCUGGUUUGGUCCAAUUUACAAGUUGAGAUAAUCAGAAUCAUAACACAAAACAAUGCUGUUACAGUGUGCUCAUACUGCUAUUCAGUCAAGACUGGUUCACAUGUUCACAACACAAACUCUUGAUCUAACUGUAAUUUUGUUAGAUUUGUAUUGUUUAUUGCCAUUUAUGCUUAGAGAUAUUUACUCAUAUAUGCUUAGAAGUAUAUAAUUAGGUGUAGAUUGGUAGAGGUUUGAUCCUUAAUAGUCUGCAAGCUUUGUGUG